AUGAUGGGCUCUACGUUCGCCGACCCCGCCUUCCUCACGAAGGAGCAGCGUGACGCGCUGCGCGCCUACGUGACCAUGGAGGACAGCGGGUUCCAAAACCAGGGCGACACCACGGUGCGUCUGCACAUCACGCACAGCAACCUGAAGCAGACGCGGCUGCAGGAGGUCCGGCUCGACCUCCACAUGACCAUCGCGGCCGUCAAGCACAAGCUCGUCUCGCACACGGGCACCAACGCCAGCACGAUGCGCCUCCAGCUCCGCGACGCCUCCAACACCCCCCUCGCGGACCUAGACGACGCCCGGAAGCUCGGGUUCUACUCGCCCGAAGACGGCAUGGUCCUGCACGUCAUCGACCUCGACCCGACGUCGGCGUCCGCCAACGGCUGGCUCGAGGACGUGAGCAAGGUGGAGAAGUACCAGAUCUCCGAGGAGGCGUACAACGCGCGGGAGAACACGUACCGCAAGUUCAAGGAGGACAAGCUGAGGGAGGACCCCACGUGGACGAUCGAGAAAGAGAUGGCCAAGCGGCGCGGCGUGCCGUACGUGCCCCCGGCCAAAGCCGAGAAGGCCGGGCCGGACUACUGCGCCGAGGAGGCGCGGGGGAUCAGCGUGGGGGACCGGUGCUCCGUCGAGCCGGGCGACAGGCGUGGGGAGGUGUGCUUUGUGGGGCAGGUGGAGGGGCUGCCGCAGGGGUGGUGGGUCGGGGUGAAGUACGACGAGCCCGUGGGGAAGAACGACGGGUCGGUGAAGGGCACGAAGGUGUUCGAGUGCGCCCCGGGGUACGGCGGGUUCGUCCGACCUGACAAGAUGAAGGUUGGAGACUACCCCCCCCUAGACGACCUGGAGGGGUCGGACUUCGACGAGAUCUAG